CUUAUACAAGGGCACAGGAAGGAGCCCAGACUAGAAUCAGAAGACAUGGAGUCCAGGCCAGACAUUGCUUCUGACUUACCCAGAGACCUUGGGAAAAUGUCAUCACCCUUGGCACUUCCUUUCCUGUCUGCACAGAAGGGCUCUAGAGCUUCACCGCCAUGCCUUCCUGAAUCCUGCUGGUGGUCAUCAUGGAUGCUCCUGGGAGACAAAGAGCUGACCAUCCCAGGAAAUAGCAGCAAAGGUGCCAGGCACAACUUUCCCACUGGAGAGCCCCAACCAAGGCACACAUUGGAACUCGAAGCUCCAAAAGGGGUGAGGAAACCAGCACAGAAGGAGGCAGAGGAAUUUGCUCAAGGCCAUGAGACCUGGCUAUCACUGGCUACUGUCUACCAAGGCACCCGGCAGCAGGCAGCAAGGCGAGGUGUGGCUUAUAACCACAGCUUCACUGUAAAGCGUGCAAGCCCAGGCUUGGAAGUCACUUCAAGGCUGGUAGCGGAAGGUUUCAUACUGCACUGACUUUUGGAGCAGCCCCAGAGGCAGAGCCGAAUAACUGCGCUGGUUGGAUCAGAAGGCCAAGCCUCACAGGAGUGAGAGGACUUGUUUAACACCACCUGACCAUCUGGAGGCUGAGCUGGGAUUGAUCCCAUCUCCUCAGGCCCUGGGAGACCCUUGGAUCCUGACCCCUGAACUCAGCCUUGGUGGGGGACCCCCAGUGAGGAGAUGCUAGCUGAGCUGGGGGCUUGCCUGUUGCUGGCAGUGGUACUGCUGAACUCAGGUCCUGGGACCCAAGCCAUGGAAGGUGUCAAGUGUGGGGGUGUACUCUCGGCACCAUCUGGGAACUUCUCCAGCCCGAACUUCCCAAGCCUGUAUCCUUACAACACAGAGUGCAGCUGGCUGAUCGUGGUGGCCGAGGGGUCCUCGGUGCUGCUCACCUUCCACGCCUUUGACCUGGAGUACCAUGACACCUGUGGAUUUGACUUCCUAGAGAUCUACAACGGGGCAUCUGGAGACAAGGGCAAUCUCCUGGGCAGGUUCUGUGGCCAGGUGCCCCCACCACCCUUCACCUCCUCGUGGCACGUCAUGUCUGUCGUCUUCCACUCGGACAAGCAUGUGGCCAGCCGAGGCUUUUCUGCAGGCUACCAGAAAGAUGUGUGUGGUGGUGUCCUGACUGGCCUGUCGGGGGUCCUCAGCAGCCCCGAAUACCCCAACAACUACCCCAACAACGUGGAGUGCCAUUGGCUGAUCCGGGCCUCGGGCCCCGCCGCUGUCAAGUUGGUGUUCAUGGACUUCCAGGUGGAGGGCAGCGACGGAUGCACGUACGACUACGUGGCUGUGCUUGGCGCUCCUGGCCCUGCCCGUGGGCACCACUACUGUGGCCGCACCAGACCCCCUACCCUUGUGUCCCUGGGCCAUGAGUUGCAGGUGGUCUUCAAAUCUGACUUCAACAUUGGAGGCCGGGGCUUCAAGGCUCACUACUUCUCAGGAGAAUGCCAGGAGGUAUUCACAGCUGUGCGUGGAAACUUCUCCAGCCCGCAGUACCCUGGCUCCUACCCCAACAAUAUCCGCUGCCACUGGACCAUCCGCCUGCCCCCAGGCUACCGCGUCAAGAUCUUCAUCCUGGACCUGGGCUUGGAGGAACCCAACAGCCUGACCAGAACCUGUGACUUUGACCAUCUGGCAGCCUUCGAUGGGGCCAGCGAGGACGCACAGCUGCUGGGGAAAUGGUGUGGCCAUCACCUGCCACCUCCCGUCACCUCUCAUCACAACCAGCUCCUGCUUCUGCUGCACACGGACCGCAGCACCUCCGGCAGGGGCUUCUCUGUGGCCUACAUUGGAGUGGUACCCAUGAAUGUGAGCUGUUCCCGCACAGACUUCCAGAUCCUGAUCUCUGCCCAGGCACUGGCCCCACUGGAGCGGACCAAGGUCUACCUGGGCAGCCGGAGCUGUGCAGCCCAGGAAGUUGGUAGCAACUUCCGGAUCCAGGCCCGCUUUGACACCUGCGGUACUGAGUCUCAGAGAAGAAAUAACACCUCCGUGAUCGUCAGCGUGCUGUACAUCGAUUUCUCUGCUGCCGGCCACGAGGACAUCCACGAGUACGAGGUGCGCUGUGAGCCGAGGCGCAAGGAGGCAUCCGCCCACUUGCUGUCGGGCUCUCACUGGCUCGGGCCCUACGCCGCCACUGCUGAGCACCUUCAGGAGGCGCCAUCCGGGGACGAGGCAGAGGUCCUGGAGAGACCUGGGACUGUGGUGGCCCAGGACACUAGUGACAUCGUCUUCCUGGGCCUCUGCAUCCUGGCUGGAGUCCUUAUGAUCAUUGCCAUUGUGGUCCUGAUGCUGCUGUAAGCAGGAAGAGAGCAGCUUGGGGAGCCACAGCAGGGCAGGGUGGGGCUGUGGACAUGUUGGUGACAUCUGAGCCCCCGUUUCCUAGGGAUCGCUGCUCUUCCCUGCUCAUCACAGGGCUCUGAGAACAGUUUGUGUGGGUAAGGGCUCUGGAGACGGUUGUAAUUGUUGUUGUGAUGUUAUUAAUUUUAAGGCUAUUCCGCUACAGGAAAGCAUGCUCCCGUAUGUGUCUCUUGUGAGCUUGGAUAGUUGGGGUCACGGGCGGCAGCGUGAAUAAGACACACUCAUUCUGUUCUUCCCCGACUCAGGGCGCAACUACGAGCACCUUUAAGUCUCUCUACCUUCAUUAGCAGGAAGUCUAGUAUCGGUGCAGGGCUUCCUCUCUCUUGCAUUGACUUGUGUGAAGACUCUGUCUAAAGAACUCCAGCUCAGCCUCCAGGAACUGGUAAGAGAGCUGAAGCUCCGGCUAGUGCCGCUGUUUCAGCCCUUGCCACACCAUGUGACGACUGAAGACUGGUCCUGUGCAUCCGAGUGGAUGCUAGCUCAUGGAGGUGGCAAUGGCCUCCUGGAUCCGGUUCCUAUGGACACAGGUAAGCUGAACAGCAUGCUCAGGGGUGAGGCUGUAGCUGAGGAGGCGUUGCUUUUAUGUUGGAACUUUUGCUUGAAUGUCUUCUGACCUUUGGCCAAGGCACUGACUGAAGUCCCAUGUUCCCCAUUCUCACGCUGAUGUUCGUGUCAGCAGCUCUUCCUCGCUCAGCAGACGAACUCUCUCUGCAGCCCUUGUACUUUUGUUUUUUAACUCUAGUCCCUUAGAGUGCUCUAGUCACUCAGCUGCUCCAGUCUCUCAGCUGCUCCAGUCUCCCAGAGCUGCUCCAGUCCACCCACUCGAUGCUUCUCUGUUUCCAUCAGAUUAAAGGGGACUUCCUGCCCUUCCCUGUGAGGACCUCUAGGAUUAUUAUGCAAAUUUAUUAUUUCUCCCUUCUCCCGAGCUCUACUUGAUAGCAAGAAGUGGAACAAUCUU